AUGACGACCGCUUGUUUGUUGCUACCCGCUCGAACUUUAUACCAAACCGAAAACGACAGCGUGAAUGGAUUUUGGCUGCUGUUUAGUUCGGUACCAAACUUCAAUAGCAAUAAAAUAUACAGAGCAGCUAAAUAUCUUGCUAAUGAUUUUUGGGAUCCAAAUCAUGCGAAGGCAACGUAUCCUGUGAAACCAACGACCCCGCUGCAUCCCUGCAUCCGCUCGUCGUGGUCGCUUCGAUGGAAAUCCAACGAUGGAGCAGCGUUAAACGAUCUCUCCGUUGUUUCUCCAGCUCGAGCGCACGCCCGAGUCGUGACGCCGUCAGCGUCAAACGGAGCAGCGCCCACAACCGUCCCCGUCACCAGCGCCUUCCUCCCGUUCGCCAAGGACAAGGCCGUGGCGGAGGGCGCCGUCGCCGCGGCGCUGCCGGAGCUCGCCCUCGCGCCAGCGGAGAAAGACGCGGUCACCUCCGCCAUUGAGGUUGACUGGAAGCCGUACCUUGACGCCGGAAGCAACAACGGUGUGCUAGGCUCGCAGAGAGGCGUCCAGAACGGGGUGAAGCCAGCCUCGACCGCGUCGGAAGGGCAGGCUGCGCCGUUCCCGCCGCAGACCAACCGGAAGGCUCAGCGGUGCUGGUCGCGGGAGCUGCAAUGCCCUCCAAAUCCUCAGCGGUGCCCAAGGUACGCAUGCAUCUACUACUCACACACAUGGAAAUCAAGCCUUAAUUACCUAGAAAAAAAUACCAGAUGCAUGCAUUAUUGUGAGCUAAAGACAAAUAAAAACUUGUUUGUUCUUUGCAAAAGUGGCGACCCUGAAGCAGAUCCGUGACCUGAUGAAGGUCAAUGGAUUGACAAAUGAUGAGGUGAAAAGCCAUCUCCAGGAUUUGUUAGUUAAGCACAAAAGGGCUAAAUUAUUAGGGUCCAUUGUCCAGCCAUAACGGGGAAUUGAAGU